AUGUCUCUCAUCAAGUCAAGUAAAGGAAAUGAUCAACUUCUUCUCGAUGGUUUCCGUUAUCGCCGAGAUAAGGCAGUGUGGCGCUGUGUAAAGGACAAGUGUAAAGGUCGUGCUCGUUCUGAUGGAAAUUCGUUUAAAAUGUACCAAGAUCAUAUAUGUCAGGCGCCACAUCCGGAUGAAAUUGAAAAAGCUUUAUAUAAUUAUGAAAUUAGGAAGAAAGCUGCCGAAUGUCAUGAUACACCAAGAUUAAUAAUACACGAAGCUCGACUUAAAUUAUCUUCAGAUGCUGCUAUUACUAGUCCUCAAUAUAAUGCAUCACAACGUGUUAUUCAACGUAUUAGAAGAGAUGAUAAUAUUCCAUCAGAACCUAAAACAUUCGCCGAUAUUGUUAUUCCAUUAAAUUUUCAAAAUACUAUUACGAAUCAAAAGUUUCUUUUAUAUGAUAAUAAUGAUGUUAAUCGUCGAUUAUUGAUAUUUGCAAGCAAAGAACAAUUGGAUUUUUUAAAUCAAUGUGAAAGUUGGCAUUGUGAUGGUACAUUUGCUGUUGCUCCUAAAAUGUUUGAACAAAUGUACUCUAUACAUGGUUCAAUACGUGGAAAAAGCUUACCAUUAGUUUACUCACUUUUACCUAACAAAGAUGAAAAAGCUUAUGAAGAAUUAUUCAAAAUUGUCAAACAACAUGUUACACGUAAACCAAAAUACCUUUCAAUCGAUUUUGAAAAAGCAGCUGAAAAUUCAUUUGGUGUUAUAUAUCCCGAAUGUGAAAUAUUUGGGUGUUUUUUUCAUUUCAAACAAUGUAUCUGGAGACAUAUUUGUGAACUACAUUUGAAAAAAGAAUUCCUUGAAAAUGAUGUUAGUCGUCGAACAAUGAAAAAUUUAGCUGCUCUUGCAUUUAUUUCACCACAAAAUGUUAUUGAAGAAUUCGUUCGCAUAAAAGAAAAUUCAUCAGAAAUAUUAGACGGUAAAUAAAUUUUUGCGCAAGUUUUGAAAGAUUUAAACGAAAAUACUUACUUUAAAAAAAUUCCGCGUAUAUGUCGUCCGCUGUAGUGUCGUGCGCGAUAAUGUCAAUGCGCGGUAGUGUCAAUGCGCGGUAGUGUCAAUGCGCGGUGGUGUCGUGCGCGGUAGCGUCGUGCGCGGAAGUGUCGUGCGCGGUAAUGUCGGCGCAGUAAUGUCGGCGCGGUAAUGUCACGCGCGGAAAUAUCGUGCCACGGUAUUUAACGAGCUUUGAACGAGGCAUUUGACUAAUGUUCAAUGAAUGAGAAUCGCUUCAUCGAAAACUCGUUCAUUUAAAAAUUUUAUCCUCAUAACAAUGAUAGCGACUGUCGGAAACG